GUCCCACCUAUGGGCUUCGUAUCCAAACUGGAUUGCAAUGACCUAAUUCCACUACUAUAAAAACUUUCAUUUUUAUUUAAAAAUGAUAUUCUGUCUUCUCAACUCUUUCGCUUAACCACUCCUAAGAAGAAGCAUGAACAGUUUGGCGGUCGCAGUUUUAGCCUUCCUGUGUUGCUCAGUAGCCAUGGCUGGCUACGCCAGGACCUACUACCACACAGGUCAUAAGACCCACCACCUGGGCGGAGCUGCCUAUGGAUACCACGCUCCCAGGUACGUUGUGCCUGCCCAUUACGCCAAGCCUGUGGUCCACCACUCAGUACCAAUCGUCUACGCCCACAAGUCUUACAGCAAGCCUCAUACCACCCACUACAUCAAGCCUGUUGUACAUGCCGCCCCGAUUUUGAGCAAACCAUCCUACUACCUCGGAGGCCACGGACAUGGGAUUGGAUAUAAACCAGUCGCCUACCACGGUCACGCCGUCCACCCCGCUGUCUAUGCUCACAAACCUCAUUACCACCACUAACCGAACAUUGUUUCAACAUUCCUUGUUUCGCCUUCGGUGAAACAAUUCAUCUCGAUUUAAAUAUGACACCAUCUACGUCUCCAGACGUUUCUGUAACAACUUCUUCAAUAAAAUGAAUGGAAGUUUUGUCUCAUCAA